AUGUGGCAGCAGGAUACCGCCACCAGGUCGGAAAACUUCAGGUCGACGCGAUUAGCCGCCGUCGCCGAGGUCGAGGCCCAGGGCCCGCUGUUCGCCGCCAUCAUCGAGUACGUCCGCUGGAAACUCAAGCGCGACCACGAGGGCUUCUCGCGCAGGUACCUCUACCGGCAAGCGGCCAAGGGCGCGGCGAUGCGCGAGACCAUCGUCGAGGCGUUUGAGUCGGCGGGCGUGCGCGUCGGGCUAGACGACGAGGCCGAGAUCGUCGGCACGCGCUCCGGCAGCAGCAGCGACAUAGCGCAGCUCUGCGCGGCGGCCGAGGCCGUCAUCGAGUACGAGAUCGCGCUGCCUCGCAGCGAGAUCCUGGGCGGCGAGCCCCACAUCGACAUCCCCGGCUGCCUGCCGUCCGAGGCGCUGGCCGAGCUACUCGUGCGCGCGCGCUUCGUCACGGGCCAGGACCCGGCGGACUGCGACCUCCGCUACUACUAUCGCGCCCAUGCGCAGCGGGCCGAGCUGGCCGAGUUCGACAACGUCGUCGCCGUGUUCCGCUGCCUCGAGCGCCUCACCGCCGUCGUCGAGCAGGGCGGCGCCGCGGCGCGCUUAGUCCGCCGCCUGGUUCCUGCCGCCGUCGUGGACGACAUCGUCGCGACGCCCGUCUUUGGCGUCAAGGAGGUGGUGAAGCAACUGAAGAGCGGCUGGGAGUGGGGCAUGGAGUUGGAUGAGGAGGAGUGA